CUACAGUAGAGAAUGGUUCUUCGUGAAAAGCUCGGAUAAGUAGAUGAGUGUUCACUUGUCUUGCAGAUAGAUUAGAUCUGUGUUCAGCUUCUUCAAUUUUUUCAUGAUCUCAUCACGCAUAGCGGCGAAAAUGGAUGUUUCUUCAUAUCAUAACCUUUACCUUUGACCUCUGGAAGUACAGGUCACACAAAAUGGCGGCGCUCCUGGCGAGGUUGCGGCUAUGUGGGAUGCGGUCAUUAUAUCGUGUACCUGGGUUUCGUCAACUCUCAACACAUCACAGCAACAUCACACCAUCCUCGCCAGUCGUCUGCAGAGGUUUGGCUGUCUUCAGUCCGAAGGUUCAGACAUCUACAGGGGCACAGACCGGUGCACUGGGCAGAUGUUUACAGCGCAUGAAUGUGCAUACAAACAGUAGUGCACUGCAUCACCCUAUUGUUGGAUCCUUGUGUGGGAGGAAAGCAUCACUCCUGAAUCCUGUGCAGCCAGUGGUUCAACAUCAACAAGUGAGAACCAAAAUCUACUUCAGCAGGAAAAGAGGGACCCCAAAGACAGUGAAGCCAGUGAUCAAACGCUUCUAUAGACUUAACUGUGGUCUCUGGAUACGGAGAAGGGCUGGCUACAAGAAGCACCUGUGGAAGAAAUCAUCCAAGAGAAAGUACCGCCUUCGCCAACACGUCUUCUGCAACCAUCAGCAAAACCGCCUCCUGGACAAGAUGGUCACCAAGUACUGGAAGACACGCAAGUGGUACAUCGACGACCCUUUUGAAAAGUACCACACGAGGUACAAUGAGUUCACCGGAGAGCCAGGAACACAUUACAGCCAUGUGUACAACACGCUGAAUAACAUGAUCAGGCACAGGAAGUACUUUAAGAAGGGGUACAGGGCAAAGUUCCAAAAUGGAGGCAAGGUCACGCAUUCUACAUACUGGACAUCUCCUGGUCAAUAGUCCUAUGAAUAUGGUGUAAUAUCUGUAGUGGUGAUACCCUUGUGAUGAACAAAUACACAUCUGGCUUUGAAAUAUCAUCAUACAAUUAUUCCUUUACGAAGUUGGUGCAUGAAAAACUUGUGCAGAUGUGAUCAGUACUUUGAGAAUGUAGCAGUUUAUUCCUGAAUCAAUCCUCAGAAGACAUAGAUAUAAUAUGCCCAUAGUCAUGGAUGUACUGAUGGAUGGAGAAAACAUUGUAGAAGGAUAUGUAUCCUGAGAUCUUUCUUUAUCAAUUGAAUCACUAUAUAUAAAGUCUAACUCUUGUUGAAAUUGAGCUUAAUAAGCAGUAGCCUAAUGCAUUGGUGACUGUCUCAACCAAUGUUGUGCAUGUGAAGUGAGUGUGCACAAGUUGAAUAAAGCACAAACCACCAA